AUGAGCUCGCAGGCUCCCACCUCAGGCCCCGCCUCAGGUCCCGCCCCCGCCAGGGGCACCAUCCUCUGCGCCUUCAUUGGGGGCAUCUACAACCUCAGGGCCAGCAUUGAACACCGCGAGGCCCUGACAAAGUCCUCUCCCAUCCCCCGGGAUGAGAUCGAGGCAUUGAGCGAGCACAUCUGGGAGACCAAGGUGGAGUUCGCACGCCAAAUCCGCAACUGGUCGGAACCAGUUGGCCAGAUGAUCCUGGCCAACCUUUAUGUGGCGUUGGUUGGGACCCUGCCCCACGAGGAUGGAUCAAUCCCCUGA